AAAAUCCAAAAAAGAUUAAAAAAAAACGUCAUCUUGUGAAUAUACGAACAAGAUAUUCUUUUUAUAUAUAAAUUCGUAGCCAUGUGCAUCGCCGAGGAGGUCAAGGCGGAGAAGAGUACGAGGGAUCUUGUGCCUAGCUCUGCCGGUGAGCCACCGCCGCCGACGCCGGAGAUGGCGAUCAGUGUGCCGGAUGAGGAUGUUGACGUUGAGGUGGCUGAGAAACCGUCGUGGUUCACUCCGAAGAGGUUGCUUAUUAUUUUCUGUGUCAUCAACAUGCUAAAUUAUAUUGAUCGAGGGGCUAUAGCUAGCAAUGGUGUGAAUGGUUCUAGCGGAACAUGCAAAGAAAGUGGUAUAUGCACGCCUGGCAGUGGAAUUCAAGGGGACUUUAAACUGAACAAUUUUCAAGAUGGUGUCCUGUCAUCUGCUUUCAUGGUUGGGCUUUUGGUGGCUUCCCCAAUAUUUGCAGCCUUAUCAAAGAGCCAUAAUCCUUUUAGACUUAUUGGAGUUGGUUUGUCUGUUUGGACGGUUGCCGCCGCUGGUUGUGGAUUUUCCAUGGAAUUCUGGUCAAUUACAAUUUGCCGCAUGUUCGUUGGUGUUGGUGAGGCUUCAUUCAUAAGUCUUGCAGCUCCCUUCAUUGAUGAUAAUGCCCCAGUAGCUCAGAAAACGGCAUGGCUCGCAGCCUUCUACAUGUGCAUUCCUACUGGAAUUGCAGUUGGUUAUAUCUAUGGCGGUGUGGUGGGGAGUAAUCUACACUGGAGAUAUGCCUUUUGGGGAGAAGCUUUACUAAUGCUUCCAUUUGCCAUAUUAGGAUUCGUCAUGAAGCCAUUGAAGUUGAAAGGUUUUGCUUCAUCUCAGUCUAAAAAAGAGGACUGUGAAGAAAUAGUUGUCCCAAAAGCUCAUGAUAUUUCAGAUGAACAGAUUUCAAAUCAUCCGACGUUAGCCAUUAAAAGGGAUUCAGCUGGUAGAACAUCCACAAGAUCUUCCUUUUUGAAGCGGACCCUGGUUCAGCUCGAAAGGUUUUGGAAAGACAUGAAAGUACUCUUGCUGGAUCAAGUUUAUGUUACAAAUGUUCUUGGCUACAUUGCGUAUAACUUUGUAAUUGGUGCUUAUUCAUACUGGGGGCCCAAAGCUGGCUAUGCCAUUUACCAUAUGAGCAAUGCAGAUUUGUUGUUUGGAGGGAUAACUAUAGUCUGUGGAAUUUUCGGAACUUUGGCUGGUGGUUUGAUUCUUGACAAAAUACAAUCAACUAUCUCAAAUGCAUUUAAGCUUCUUUCUGUGUCGACUUUUUUUGGGGCAUGUUUUUGCCUCAUUGCCUUUUGGCUGAAGAGCUUGUAUGGAUUUAUAGCCCUCUUUUCAAUUGGAGAAUUAUUGAUCUUUGCAACACAGGCUCCUGUAAAUUAUGUAUGUCUUCAUUGUGUCAAACCAAGCCUCAGGCCACUAUCAAUGGCUAUGUCCACUGUUUCCAUCCAUAUUUUUGGCGAUGUUCCUUCUUCGCCCCUGGUUGGAGUUCUCGAGGAUUAUUUAAAUGACUGGAGGAAGAGUGCUCUUAUACUGACAUCUGUGUUUUUCCUCGCUUCCGUGAUAUGGGGCAUAGGUAUUUUUCUUCAUAGUGUGGAUCGGUUCAAUGAAGAGAGCGUACACGGUGUACCUACCGUCGAAAGAGCAAAUCGUAGGCCUUUGCUCGAUGAAAACCUUGAAGCUUCAGAAGAAUCAUUAUGAGGAAAAGAAAGAAAAUGGUCGAAUAAAAAAAUACGGUGGUCUUACCGACGGGACGGGAAGGGUGGCCGAAUCAUAAUAUAUAUAUUUUUUUUGUGCUUGAAUUUUUGCAUGUGUAUAGGGAACUUUGUCGGUAUGGAAAAAUCACGGGUUCGAUGUCUCAUUAUUUAUCAUGAAUUAUGGUUUCAUGGGGGAAAACAAGAAGCUUGGUUUGAUGAAAUAAACUGUACAUAGUUAGUACUCUUUGUAAAUUCAGACAUUUAUUUAUUGUUACUUUGUUAUGUUUAAAUUUCA